AUGCUCGCCACAGUCAUUUAUGUCGUAUUUGCGACCGCUGCUUUGGCCAGUCAUAUACCUCACAUGCGUCGUGGCCCUACUCCUAAGGGCAUCGUCGACCCCGGUGCGCAUCCUGGUUGCACAAUAUGGCACGACAACCUCGAUGGCUCGAUAGAGUGUCCGAUGAUGACUUAUUUCUACAAUAUCACGCCGGAACAGCUUCUGAGUUGGCUACUGCGUCGAGGUGGAUUUCAAGCCAUCCCAAGCCCUUCCAGCGUACCUAUCGUUAGCUCGACGAUGCCCUCACCCACCGUGACGAGAUCAGCCUCACCCACGAAUCAGCCACCCGUUACACCCGUCAAGCCUCCUUCGACGACGAUGGGGAAUGGUAUUGCGACUCCACAACCCAUCCAGCCUGGAAUGGUGUCAGACUGCAGCAAGUUCCAUUGGAUCGCCAGAGGAGUGACUUGUAGCCAGGUCAUCAGCUACCAAAAGAUUACCCUGGCAGAUUUUUUCAGGUGGAACCCCACGGUCAAGGACGAUUGCUCAGGGAUGUGGGCUGAGGUCAAUGUGUGCGUUGGUACCAUUGGUGGUGCAACGAUUGCUCCACCAACCACAACGACAACUGCAGGCAAUGGAAUCCAGACACCUCAACCCACGCAGCCAGGUAUGGUGACCAUUUGUGCAAAAAGUUCCACUACGUUGCUGACGGCGUGGUCUGCGGUCAAAUCAUCAGUUACCAAAAAAUCACGCUCGCGGAUUUCCUUCGGUGGAAUACGGGAAUCAACGGCGACUGUAGCAACAUGUGGGCAAGAAGUAAUGUCUGCGUCGGCAUGUAGUGUUCAGUGA